CAGCCCUCGGAGCUGUUCGGCCAAGUUCGGCUCCGUUCGGUUUAUUUUCAUCUCCGCCUCCAGCUGAGCGGAGCGACAAGAAGUUCGGACACCGAGGAGCCCAGAGCUGCCGCGGAGCCGAACCGAACCAGGAACUGGACCUGGACCACAGCGACACCACGGCGCAACCGGGACCAGCGCGGUGAGCGGACCGGGACCGGGACCGGAACGGAAUCGAAGACGGCAUCAUUCCUUUCCAGAAGUCAGGGAGGUUCGGGUCGGACAGGCGGCGGUUCGGGGCAGCAGAACCGUGUCAAAGUGGACCGCCGGCGGCUGCAGGCAGCACCAUGUACCAAGUCCAGGAGAGCCGCCCCCUGCUGAGCCCCUCCAUCGAUGACUUCCUGGCAGAGAGCCGCAGCGAAGCCGCCUCCGGACGACCCCCGACCUCCAACCCCGCAGUUCUGUCCACGGCUCUGGACCUGGUGGACCUGAGCGACCCGGCAGAGACCCGGCACCACCGGGUCACCAAGAGUCCAGUGAGGAGGACGACCGGGUCCAGGAGCCCCCGGCACAGAACCAGAACCGAAGAGACGGAGCUGGUCCCGGUCCAGCUGGAGCGCCGGCCUGCCGGACCCGGAACCCCCGACAGGACAUCCCUGGACUCGGUCAGCCUGUCCUCUCCUCUGGACAAGUGGGACGAGUUGGACCUGGACCUGGAGGACGGGGGACGACGCAGACGCCGCCAGGCCAGAUGCACCUCCCACCACUCCUCCAGCGAGUUGCUAUGGUCUGCAGAGUUUAGGACAGAUCCUCUGAUGAAGAGCAGCUUGGACGAUCUGGACUUCAUAUCUCUGAACCAGGACAACAGCGUGUCCAGACUCCGCAGACGGACCCGCUCUCUGCUGGGCAGGAACGAGUCCCUGGAGGACGAGUUCGUCCGCGCGAAGGCGGCUGUAGAGUCGGACACAGAGUUCUGGGACAAGAUGCAGGCGGAGUGGGAGGAGCUUGCUCGCAGGAACUGGUUGGAGGAGACGGAGAGCCAGCAGAAGCCGGCCCCGCCCCCCGGCUCACCUGUGGAGAAGGGUUACUACUUCAGCGCCACCAACCCGUACCUUGACUGGCCCAACGCCUUCGCUGAGGGUCAGGAUAAAGCUAGAGAGGGAGACCUGAACGCUGCCGUCCUGCUGCUGGAGGCCGCCAUCUUACAGGACCCCAGUGACGCCGAGGCGUGGCAGACGCUGGGGACGACUCAGGCCGAGAACGAGAACGAACAGGCCGCCAUCGCCUCGCUGCAGAGGUGUCUGGAGCUCCGCCCCAACAACCUGCCGGCCCUCAUGGCGCUCGCCGCCAGCCUCACCAACAGCAGCCAGCUGCCGGAGGCCUGCGACGCUCUGCGCCGCUGGAUCGGCCACAACCACAGAUACCGACACCUGGUCCAGAGCAGGAGUCCGCUACAGGGUUCCCCAGCCACACCACGCAGGGGCCCCGGCUGCUCCACACCUGCAAGCUCGGCGCUGCAGGAAGUUCUGCUGCUCUUCCAGGAAGCGGCGCAGCUGAACGUGGAUAACGUGGAUCCGGACCUGCAGACCGGACUCGGAGUUCUGUACAACCUGAGCUCAGAGUUUGAUCGGGCGGUGGAGGCGUUCAGCGCUGCGCUGUCCGUCAGACCGCAGGACUACCUGCUGUGGAACCGGCUGGGAGCGACGCUGGCUAACGGCAGCCGCAGCGCCGAGGCAGUGGAGGCGUACGGCCGCGCGCUGCAGCUGCGGCCCGGCUUCAUCCGCUCCCGAUACAACCUGGGCAUCAGCUGCAUCAACCUGGGCUCGCUCAGGGAGGCUGUCAGUAACUUCGUCACGGCUCUGAACCAGCAGAGGUGCAGCCAGCGCUGCAGCCAGCUGCAGAUGUCCACCAACAUCUGGGCCGCCCUGCGGAUCGCCGUCUCCAUGAUGGACGACCCCGGGCUGGACCGGGCCGCCAGCCUGGGGGACCUGGACCUGCUGACCAGAACCCUGGAGGGCAGAGACCUGUGAUCGGGUCAGAGGUCACAGGAGGAGGUGGAGAAUGCUGCUGCACCUGAAGCACAACCCUUUAACCUGGAGAACCUUCUGCUGGAGCUCCGCCCCUUGACCUCUGACCUGUCAGCAGAGCAAUUUUCUCUCCUUCUGUAUCUAAAUGUCAGAGGAAGUUCUGCGCCUCUGGCCUGACCUCUGACCCGUCAGCAGCUGCAGCUCCUAGCUGAACGGAUUGUAGCGCAGACGCAGGAUCAGAACAAAGAAGAGUUUGUAUUAAUAGCAGCGGUGUUCAGUACGGAGGCCUGUAGGGGACAUGGGGAUUUUUUCUUUUGCGUUCCCUGGCAGUGACGUCCUGAUCAGUUCAUGUGUUAUGACUGAACACUUUCUCACGGCCAUCUUACUUUCUGCUAUAAUCUGAGGCUUUCAUGAGGUUUUUCCAUAGAUGUUAAAAUCUCAAUGGGAAAUAUCUGAAGUUUUAUAUCUUUUUCUUUAAGAUAGAAAUUAACCACAAACCUCUGAUAUAAACAGAAACUUUCCAUAAGAAGGAAAGAAAUAAAAAAUACAUAAAAACUAUUUGGACUAUUUCUGAGUUAUUAUUAUUAUAGAGUUCAGUGUCUUGUUGCUCUGAACGGUCAACGUUUCCAUCCCAGCCGACACUAACAGACAUAAACAUGGACUGAACCAUUUCCAGUCAGAGUUAAGGAUACACACCUUUUCAGCGAGGCUCUUUAUUUGAAACUUUAAAUUUUAAAUUGACAUUUGUGGCUGAAAAUAAAAUAGACCAGCAAAUGUUGCAGGAAGCUUUCUGUGAGGGAAACCUUUCCCCAUGACCCCCAGAGGCCUCCGUAGUUUAAUCAAUAUUUAUUAAUGCUUGAAUAUUAAUGUCCGUAUGAGCUGCAGAGCCGAGUCAGUAGGUUUUACUGAGUCACCAAAAUAAAAGCUCAGGUGAGAACAAAGGGGGCGGGGCCUAAACUGCAGGUCAAACACAUAAAUAAUACUCAGUGAAACUAUUUAAGUUAUUUGUGAAUAAAUAUGAUCCAUCAGUAUUUCUCCUCAGGGAGUCGGAGGGUCUGAUCUGAGCUGCUCUGUGUUUUACGUUCUGACUCAUCAUAUUCAUACAUAUUCAUAUCAAUGGAGUCGUUUUAAUCAGUGAUAACGAGGCUUUUUAAUAAACUCAUAGCUGAACCCGGAGGUCAGAGGUCAACCAUCUCUCCAUACAGACACAGAUAUUUGGCACCCAAAACUAAACUAGGAAACCAGUUUGGUUCCUGUUGCCAAGUUUCCGAAAUUUAAUUUAGCAAAGUUUUAUCAUUUCUUAUUCCUUUAAAUGUAAUUUCCAUUUUGUCCUAAUGAGGGCGCUGUAUUCCAGCCUGUGCCCUUAUUUGAUUGUUUUUAUGGUUUUUAAUAAGUUAGUGUUGAGCACUGUUGCACUUUUAAUCCUGUUUUAUUCAUUUUUAUUGUGUUUGUCACUUCACACAUAAAUCCUAUUAAUCGAUAUUAAAGACAAUAAUCAGUU